AUGACAUCUGUUCAGCCAUUUGAGGCUACUGAUUUUUUCAGUUUAAAUGCAGUGAAUCUAGAUACAUUUACAGAGAACUUUCCUAUUGAGUUUUAUCUUGAAUAUCUAAUUCUAUGGCCAUCGCUAAUGUUCAAGAGCAUAGAGAUGACUUCUCCGCUGCACGGUUCAGAGGAAUAUGAAAUAUCGGGAUAUAUGAUGGGUAAAACAGAGGGAAAAGGACAAGACUGGCAUGCACACAUUACUGCUGUGACGAUAUCACCUAGGUUCAGGAGAAUAUCGCUUGCAUCGAUGCUAUGUGACACAUUAAAAACCAUAACAGAUAACUCCCCGCAUAAUGUGAACUUUAUUGAUUUAUUUGUGAAAUGCAAUAACCAAUUGGCGAUCAGUUUAUAUGAAAAAUUGGGAUAUUCUGUCUAUAGAAGAGUUGUAGGAUAUUACAACUCGCAAACUGAUCCAAUACCUUCCCGGUCAACAAAACCAAAUGACCUCAAGGAUGCCUUUGACAUGAGACAUGGGAUGGAAAGAGACCAGGGAAAAAGUCUUCGUGCUGAUGGACGGAAACAUAAUUGCUUGCCGAUGGACAUACGGUUUUAA